AUGACUAAGAAGCUGCUUCAGAUCCUGUCCUUUGGAGAUUUAGAAAAAGAGACCCAGGAGGCUUUCGUGGAGAUAGACCCUUGCUGUCCUGGCUGGGUUUUCAGGAAGCCUCUCCUGGGCAAGGCUGAAGACUUCACCAUUUACAUAAAGAACUUCAUUCGUUUCCCUAAAUUCAACUUCUCCAAGACCAAUGUGCUGGACACCAAAGACAGAGCUUACCUGAGGUCCUGUCGGUUUGGCCCCAAGGACCCCUACUGCCCCAUCUUCCGACUGGGGUCUGUGGUCAGCUGGACGGGGAGCAACUUCCAGGAGAUAGCCCUGCAGGGUGGUGUGAUAGGGAUCCAGAUCGAGUGGGACUGUGAUCUCGACAAAGCUCCUUCUGAAUGCAACCCUCGCUAUUACUUUAGCCGGCUGGACCGCAGGUUUCCCGGGAACUCUGUCUCCUCCGGGUAUAACUUCAGGUUUGCCAAAUAUUACCGCGAUGAAGCCGGGGUGGAGUUCCGCACCCUGAUCAAAGCCUACGGGAUCCGCUUUGAUGUCCUGGUGAAUGGCAGGGCAGGGAAGUUCAACAUCAUCCCCACAAUCAUCAACGUGGGCUCAGGGGUGGCACUCAUGGGUGUUGGGUCUUUCUUCUGCGACCUGAUACUCAUCUACUUCAUCAAAAAGAGCCACUUUUACCGCAACAAGAAAUUCGAGGAAGUACGGUCUGGCCACCCGGGGAAUGGAAAGGUGACCGUGGAGCAGCUGCAGAACCUGCAGACAGUGGAGGCGUAGCCAGAGGCGGCUGAGAGCAGAUUUAGUGAAGACGCUGGGCAGAACCGGCUGCAGCUCUGAACGGGAAGAGCGAGGAGCCUCUGUGUCUGCAUGGAUUGGGCCUUCCAGGAGCCACCAUCCCUCUUGCACUUUGGGAUCUUGCUACAAGCUUUUUGUUGUGUGUGGGGGAGGGGAAACGCUGGAGAGGGCAGGGGCAGGCCAGGGUGUAAAUGAUACUAGGUGUUUUCAUGUUUUCUGAGAACCUAGUUGGACAUUCAUUCACUCAUUUAUUCAUACAUGCAGUAAACUUUUUUUGCUGUGGGCUGGGCCCUAUCCAAGAGAUGCUUAAAUGAGACCCUGACCUGGCCCUCAGGGAGCCGAGCAACUGUGUAAUUCCCUCUAGAGACAACAGACUCACAGCCAGGCUCAGCCAUUGUGGCCUUCCUCCAGCCUCUAGCUUUCACAGAGGGGAGGCAGGGAGGCCUCACUCCAGUCUCACCUGCCCAGCCUGGGGAGGCUCUGGGCAUAGCAUCUCGCCCAGAUGGGAGCCAUUGUCUCUGGUUUGGCUCUUGCUGUUCUGUGGGGUUGGUGUCCUUGCCCAGCUCCCCUUCCUCUCUCCUCAAAGGCUGGCUGGGUCUGAAGGGCUAAGGACAGGGUGCUCACUCAGCAGGUGGGAGCAGUUAGGGAGGCCCUCACCCCUCACCCCACCCUGCUGCUCCCUCCCUUACUGUCUGUAGAGCGUCUCUCCUCAAGGUGUGGUCCCUGGACCAGCAGCCUCGGCAUCACCUGGGAGCUUGUUAGCCCUUCCCUUCCUCCUAAAUCAGGGCCUGUGUUGCAGUGGGGCUCCCAGGGGAUUCGUGUGCUCCUUACACUCAGAAGCCCUGCAAGGGUGGGGAGCUCUGCAAAGCCUGGUUCCGAGGGAGGAAAGAGCCAGCUUCGGUGGGUGGUGCCAAUUUCCAGGCCAAACUUACUAGCACACACAUUCUCCCUUGAAACUGACAGGACCCCCUUCCUGCCCCAGGGAAAGGAGCAUUACACUCAGUUCAUUUAAAUCAAAAUAUUUUAACUAGGCAACACUUACAUGAUUCAAAAUUUUAAAGGUACAAAAGAAUAGCAAAAGCUUCCCUCCCACCCGUUCUUGAGGCCACCUGUGUUACCAAUUCCAAGAGGCUCCCUCAUUUUCAAACUGAGAAUCCACUUGUUACUCAGGACGUGAACUUUUCCUCAUGCCUGCAGCAUCAGACCACGUCUCCUGUCAGAAAGGGACACGAUGGAAUGGGCUGGGAGCCAGAGAGCUCGCUUCUCCCUCCCCGGGUCUGGGAGCCCCUGUGUAAACCCAGGGGGAGAGGCCUAGAACUCUGAACUAUGGCCGCAAAGGCCUGCAGUGCCUGUUGCACAGCUGCCAGGACACUGGGGAGCUCCUACUGGAAGUGCUCCCUCGGACCUCCCUGGAGUCAGGGGAGCCUGGUUCUCUGCACACAGAGGAGGGGUGAGCACCCUUCCCCUGGGGCCUUUGGAGAGGGUCAGAAGGGGCCUGGAAGGUUUCUGGUGAGGCUCCAUCACCAGGGCAGAAGGUUGUGGUCCCCGGAACAGGAACCCUUUUGGAGCAAGCAGCUCCCUCACCGUGGGCUGCCUGGUAACCAGUCCACAGCCCACCUGCUCUCUGAAUAGAAAGUGAAAAAUUGCCCUAACCGGUUUGGCUCAGUAGAUAGAGCAUCGGCCUGAGGACUAAAGGGUCCCAGGUUCGAUUCCAGUCAAGGGCAUGUACCUUGGUUGCAGGCACAUCCCCCAGU